AUGCGCGAUGAUCCGGGGGCGGAAGACUAUAUGCAAAAAAUCGAUUCUGAAAAAUUCGUGUUUGCUGUAGGAGUUGGUUCAAAUGAUUAUGCAGUUCUUGGUAUUCCAUUUAUGACUCAUCUUGCAGUCACAUUUGAUUUACAGAAUAAACGCACUGGAUUUGGUCCUGGAUGUGGAUGCGAAGUCGCGACUGAUGGAUAUCCUACUAUCUCGAACGGUGAUCAAGUUCUCUGGUCACCAUCACAAUUGCCUGAACAACCAAGUACUUCAAGUUCAAGUGGCAGAUCUGGUCUCAGGAGAUCAUUUUCGCGAUUUGGUAGUACUCUCCGUGGUACUAAGCGGUCAAAAGCAAAUUACGAGAAACUUGAGGACUAA